GUCGACUUAAUGAUCUAUUCAGAUUCAGAUUUUGUUUUAUUUGAUUGGUGACUGCAGUUUAAUUUGAGUGCUUAUGAUUGUUUUACAUUGUGGAAAUAAUUUAUCAAUUGAAAUACCUAUUGACUGGUAAAAAGAUUUGUACAACUCUUCGUAUCUGGUAAACUAAGGCAAUUAUGGGUAGAUUAGAACUGCUGCAGACCUUAACUGGUCACAAAGGUAUUGUUUGGAAUGUGUCAUGGCAUCCCCAAGGAAAAGUUUUUGCUUCUUGCGGAGAAGAUAAGAUUAUAAAAUUAUGGAGUAAAGAAGGUCAGGACUGGACUAUGAAGACUGUUCUUGUGGAUGGACACCAGCGCACAAUUAGAGAAGUGGCAUGGUCUCCAUGUGGAAAUUUUCUGGCUUCUGCAAGCUUUGAUGCUACAACUGCUAUUUGGGACAAGAAAAGUGGUCAGUUUGAAUGCAAUGCUACAUUAGAGGGACAUGAGAAUGAAGUAAAAAGUGUGGCCUGGUCACCUUCGGGACAACUCUUGGCAACUUGUGGACGUGACAAGUCAGUAUGGGUUUGGGAAGUGGCAGGAGAUGAUGAAUAUGAGUGUGAGGCUGUUCUCAAUGCUCACAAUCAAGAUGUGAAAAAAGUGGCUUGGCACCCUUCCCUUGAUAUUCUGGCAUCAGCAUCCUAUGAUAACACAGUAAAAAUGUAUAAAGAAGAUAGCUUAGACAAUGAUUGGUCCUGUGUGGCUACUUUACAAUCACAUGAAUCUACAGUUUGGAGCCUCGCAUUUGACAAAACUGGAGAAAGACUUGCCACAUGCAGUGAUGACAGAACAGUUAAAAUCUGGAAAGAAUAUAGGCCUGUUAACCCAGAAGGAGUGAUUGUGGAUGACAAGGAAUCUGUUUGGAAAUGUGUUUGCACAUUGUCUGGAUACCAUACAAGAUGUGUUUAUGACAUUGCAUGGUGCCCAAAGACUGGACUUUUAGCGACAGCUUGUGGUGAUGAUAUUAUAAGAAUUUUUAAGGAGGCAGACGAUUCUGAUCCGAAUGCUCCCACAUUUGAACUGGUCUCCACUCAGUUAAAUGCACACUCACAAGAUGUAAAUUGUGUAACAUGGAACCCAAUGGGGAAUGAAGAAUUACUUUCUUGCAGUGAUGAUGGAGAAAUAAAAAUAUGGAAAUAUUCCGAAUAGUGUUUAUUUAUUG